CUCUGGGGCCAGGAAGGCCCGGCUGCCCGGAAAAGCCUCAUGUUCCGUGGGGGUUGGGUGGAUGUAUAUAUACAGGCUCCAGGCUGAACGGCUUGGGCCACUCACACACGGAUGCCCGAUAACCAUGCUGGCUGCCACCGUCUUGACCCUGGCCCUGCUGGGCAAUGCCCACGCCUGCUCCAAAGGCACCUCGUGUGAGGCAGGCAUCGUGUGCCGCAUCACCAAGCCCGCCCUCUUGGUGUUGAACCAGGAGACUGCCAAGGUGAUCCAGACUGCCUUCCAGCGAGUCAACUACCCAAAUAUCACAGGCGAGAAGGCCAUGAUGCUCCUUGGCCGAGUCAAGUAUGGGUUGUACAACAUUCAGGUCAGCUACUUGUCCAUUGCCAGCAGCCAGGUGGAGCUCGUGGAAGCCAAGUCCAUUGAUGUCUCCAUUCAGAAUGUGUCUGUGGUCUUCAAUGGGACCCUGAAGUAUGGCUACACCGCUGCCUGGGGGUUGGGCAUUGAUCAGUCCAUUGAUUUUGAGAUCGACUCCGCCAUUGACCUCCAGAUCAACACACAACUGACCUGCGACUCUGGUAGAGUGCGGACCAAUGCCCCCAACUGCCACCUGUCUUUCCAUAAGCUCCUCCUGCAUCUUCAAGGAGAGCGAGAGCCUGGAUGGAUCAAGCAGCUAUUCACAAACUUCAUCUCCUACACCCUGAAGCUGAUCCUGAAGGGACAGGUCUGCAAAGAGAUCAACGUCAUCUCCAACAUCAUGGCCGAUUUUGUCCAGACAAGGGCUGCCAGCAUCCUUUCAGAUGGGGACAUCGGGGUGGACAUUUCCCUGACAGCUGAUCCCGUCAUCACAGCCUCCUACCUGGAGUCCCAUCACAAGGGUCGUUUCAUCUACAAGAAUGUCUCGGAGGAACUCCCGCUCCCCACCUUCUCGCCCACACUGCUGGGGGACUCCCGCAUGCUGUACUUCUGGUUCUCUGAGCAAGUCUUCCACUCCCUGGCCAAGGUAGCUUUCCAGAGUGGCCGCCUCACGCUCAGCCUGAUGGGAGAGGAGUUCAAGGCAGUGCUGGAGACCCGGGGCUUCAACACGAACCAGGAGGUCUUCCAGGAGCUUGUCGGCAGCCUCCCCAGCCAGGCCCAAGUCACCGUCCACUGCCUCAAGGUGCCCAAGAUCUCCUGCCAAAACAAGGGCGUCGUGGUCAGUUCUUCAGUGAUGGUGGAAUUCCUCUUUCCACACCCAGACCAGCAACAUUUUGUAGCUUACACGUUUGAAGAGGAUAUCAUUACUACCAUCCAGGCCUCCUAUUCCAAGAAAAAGCUCUUCUUAAGCCUCUUGGAUUUCCAGAUUACACCAAAGACUGUUUCCAAUUUGACUGAGAGCAACUCCGAGUCCAUCCAGACCUUCCUGCAGUCAAUGAUCGACACUGUGGGCAUCCCUGAGGUCAUGUCUCGGCUCGAGGCAGCGUUUACGACCCUUAUGAACAGCAAAGGCCUGAGCCUCUUCGACAUCAUCAACCCUGAGAUUAUCCCUCAGGAUGGCUUCCUGCUGCUGCAGAUGGAUUUCGGCUUCCCUGAGCACCUGCUGGUGGAUUUCCUCCAGAGCUUGAGCUAGAAGUUCCAAGGAGGUGGGGGUGAGGCUUGAACCAGAAGGCAAGCACCAGGCUCGCAGCUGGAGCCCUGGCAUCUCCUCCAUCACGGUGGGUCAGGGUGGGAGCACGGAGAUAGACAUUGGCUCCCACCCCCUGCCUGUCCUAAAGACCCACUGGCAUUAAAAUGCUGUGUCCAAGA